AUGUAAGGUUGUCCACUGAGCCUCAAAAGUGGAAACUGGAAAACCAAUGGAUCUUUGCGCGCCCUCCAGAUUCCGGUCGUCGGAGUCGGCUCUGCUUCUCCGGGAGUAUCGCAGCGCCGCUCUCCUCCGGCGGCGUGCCAGCACCACGCUGACUUUCUCUACCACCAGCACUCGACUCGUCGUCACGGCGAAGAGAAGGUCGGUGAUCGAAGGUGUGAGCGAUGAGCUUAACGCGAUCGCGUCGCAGAACUUGGACUUCGCUCCGUCUCGAAGGCGAGUUCGAUUGGCCUUCAAGGAAGUCCAGAAACAGCUCGAUCAUUGCUUGUUCAAGAUGGCUCCUUCUGGGAUCAGAGAAGACGAGUGGUAUGAUAGGAAUUCAAAAGGUUUGGACAUUUUCUGCAAAAGCUGGUUGCCGAAACGAGGUGUUCAGAUUAAAGGUGCUCUGUGCUUUUGUCAUGGAUAUGGUGACACGUGCACCUUUUUUUUUGAAGGUAUUGCUAAACACAUUGCUGCUUCUGGUUAUGGAGUCUAUGCUAUUGAUCAUCCGGGUUUCGGUUUAUCUGAUGGCUUGCACGGUUAUAUCCCAAACUUUGAUGAUAUUGUUGACAAUGUUAUUGAACAGUAUACAAAAAUCAAAGGGAGACCAGAAGUGAGAGGGUUGCCUUGUUUUCUAUUGGGUCAGUCCAUGGGAGGAGCUAUAGCUCUCAAAGCUCAUCUCAAAGAACCACGUGAAUGGGAUGGAGUAGUCCUUGUAGCCCCAAUGUGUAAGAUUUCAGAGGAUGUGACUCCACCAGAAGCUGUUCUAAAGGUCAUAAAAUUAUUGUCAAAAGUUAUGCCAAAGGCAAAGCUUGUACCCCAGAAGGAUCUAGCAGAGCUGGCAUUCAGAGAAUUGACGAAAAAGAAAAUGGCUCCAUAUAAUGUGAUCUGUUAUGAUGAUACAAUGCGCUUGAAGACUGCUGCAGAACUUUUGAGGACAACCGAGUAUAUUGAAUCAAACGUGGAGAAGGUCUCUUCUCCGUUGCUUAUUCUUCAUGGAGCUGCUGAUCGAGUAACAGACCCCUCAGUGAGCCAGUUUCUUUACAAGAAGGCUUCCAGCAAUGACAAAACCCUAAAGCUCUAUGAAGGUGGUUAUCACUGCAUCCUGGAAGGAGAACCCGAUGACCGAAUAUUCACCGUACUGAGUGAUAUUAUCGCCUGGCUUGAUUCUCGGUGCUCCCAUGAAUGAAAGUUCCAGUCAUCUCGUGCUUCAUGCAAGUUCGUCUUGUGUUCCAAUUCAUUUCCACCCUUCUCUAUUGUUUCAAAUCCUAGUUGAACUUUCCUUCCCUUUUCUCAGCCCCCGAACAGGGUUAUCUGCCUUAAGUUAAUUUUAGCAGACUAGUUCAUGAAAAUCUUAAAUCCAAAUAUUUUUCAGGUAUAAAAGUAGAAAAGAAUCUUAAGUAGAAAGGAAUUCUGGUUAGAAUAUGUUUUAUCUAUUAAUUAUUUAUAGAUAAUCUUUUAGUAAAAAAUUGAAGAACAGAUUUUGAUGAAUAAUUUUAAAUAUUGAUAUUGAUUUUGAGUAAUCGAAAUUGUUCUUAUUUCUUUGA